AUGCUAUCGGUAUUGGGUAGAUCGACGCUCGGCUCAUCGUCCCGACAGGCGGUUUUGGUGGUCAGCAGCCAAAACUUGAGCAGUGCGGUCACUACACCCGAAAAUGCUCAUCCAGAGCCACGUGUCAGCUCUCAGGGUGCUCAAUUUAGAAAAGGAGCUGGUGGAAGAGCCUCAUUCUCUGGCAACGUGGUGACCGUAUUCGGAGCAUCUGGAUUCUUGGGUCUUCCAGUUGUGAACAAAUUCGCCAAAAAUGGAUCGCAAAUCAUUAUUCCUUACCGACAAGAUCCAUAUUACAUGAGAGAGCACAAAGUGCUCGGAGAGCUCGGACAAGUUCUCUAUUUCCCAUUCGAGUUGAAGGACGAGGAGAGCAUUCGGAAGGUGGUGAAGUACUCGAACGUCGUCGUCAACUUGAUCGGAACCCGGGUUCCAACUGGAAACUACAACUAUUACGACGUGCACGACACGGGAGCCCGGCGUCUCGCAAAGAUCUGUAAAGAGAUGGGAGUGGAGAAAUUCGUUCAUUUGUCGGCUCUCGGAGCAACAGUCGACCCGCCAAAAGGUCAUUUCGUCGCGAAAUCCGAAUUUCUUCGCUCGAAAGCAUUGGGAGAAAUUGCGGUCCGCGAGGAGUUCCCCGACGCGACAAUCAUUCGUCCAUCUGUGAUUUAUGGAGAAUUGGAUGGAUUCAUUCAAUAUUAUGUGUCGAGAUGGCGAAAAACACCACUCGAUCACGUUUAUUUGUAUAAGAAGGGAGAGCAGACGUAUAAAAUGCCGAUUUGGGUCGGUGACGUCGCCCAGGGAAUCGAUCGUGUCGUGAAUGAUCCAACUGCGAAGGGACACACCUACGAGUUCGUCGGUCCACACUGCUAUCAACUGUCUGAACUCAUCGAUUUCAUGUAUAAAAAGGCGCAUUGCCUCCCGGAUUUUGGAUUUAGAUACAAGCGUCACGGACUCCCUGAUCCAUAUUUCAUGGCUCUCACUCUCGCGACGGAGCUCUACGGAAAAGUGUUCAAAUGCAAAGUUCCAUUGAACAGAGAAUGGAUGGAGUACAUUGAAGUCCAAAACGACGUGUUGACCGGCGAACGAACUCUCGCCGAUCUCGGAGUCCGCCGAUUGACGGAAUUCGAGUUGGCCGGUGGACAACAGGCAUUCUAUCGAUCAUUCAAUCGAUAUUUCGAAGAACAAUAUGGAGAACUUCCGGCUCCAUCACUUCCACUCAGAUCACCACCACUCACCAAGAAGAACGUCGGAAGUGGAAUCAAGUCGGAGACGAGCAAAACUGUCGCAUUCAACUAA